AUGGCCAGGGAUGAGGAGGUGGUUCAGGGAAGUGGAGAAGAUCAUUGGCCAAAGGAAAUCCAUUGUGGGGAUAAUGAUAAAUUGUUAUACAGUCUGAAGAAAAUAAAAGAAGAUAGUUCAUUUACUUCAAUUUAUACACAUCUGUGGGAAAAUGUUCCUCGAAUAGAUGAUGCAGCCAUGGCCAUGGAGUCAAGAUUAGCAGAGUGUUCAAUUCUUUUGAAAAACUGUGCCUCUGCAAUAUUUGAGUGGAGCAGCAUGGUACCAGAGACAAGUUCCCAUGGAAAAUUGGAACACUACAGGGCAUUUCUAAGGAAAUACCAUAAGACAAAGAAGAUAAUGCUUUCAGAUGAAAUGGAAACGAAGAAGGAUAUAGAGGGUUACAGCUUCCCAGGAUUCAAGACAAAUGAGCUUACUCAACUACCCAGACAUCUGAAUGCUGAACGAGUUUAUCUUUUUAUUUUAAAAGCCCAUAACUUUGAUGGAAAAUUUUUUAAGAUCUGGAGGACUCAUUUUCUCUCAGAAGCCUCUAUUGCUCUUUUGCAUGAUUCCUUUUGGUGGUGGUUUCUCCAUAAAUUUAAGUUGUAUCCUGAUUGUUUGGCACAAGCUAUCUAUGCAACAUUCCAGAAAGCAUUUCCAGAAUCCAGUAAUCUGUUUAAUGAUGAAUUUAAAGAAGAUCUAGGGAAUACCAUUUUUCUCUGGUUGUCAGGUUUAAAACCUCAAAAAGGCUUUUGGACCCACUGGAAACUGAAAGAACUCUCCACAACAACCAUUCAUGGUAGCAAGAAAAUACCUUCAAAAUCUGCAAAGGACAGGAUUGCAAGAAGUCAGGAACGCUUAUCAGCUUGUAAGUAAAUUAAUUAUCAACUGCAGACUGAAAUAGAUGGCCAAAAUCAAGUAAGUCGUUAUUUGUCAAAAUUUUAUGGUUUAUUUUUUGGUAAGGGUCUUAAAAUAACAUUUGGUUUAUAGACUGGUGUUACAGUAAUCUGAAUAUUGCUUUACAUUUUAGAUUUUCAUUGUAAAAGUGGUACAUGCUUAAGUCCUUUUCUCAUUUGCAAGUUAUUGUGUUUUUAUAUUGAUUUGGGGGAACUUUUCAGAUUCACUGUAAAUAUUCUUAACUUUGUAGCUGUAUUUCUAACUGGUUAAUAUUGUGCUUUACUGAUAGGUAAGUUUAAAUUUUUUAUUCAGUAAAUUUAAAUAAUGUCUUCCAUAGUUUCAGUUUUGUGGCAUGUUUGUCAGGACUUUCUCACCUGAUAUUAUAGGGAAAAAAAACUACCUGUUUUUUUCCUAGUAGUUUUUUAUUUCCAUGUUUUAUUCAACUCUUUAAUCCAAUUGGGAUGUAUUUUGUUAUAAAGGAAGGUAGUUGUAUUCCAGUAUUUUGUUUUUUUCCAAAUGCUCAUUUGUUAAAUGAUCCACUUACAGACCACUCAGAAUACCAAUUCCCAUGGAUUUCUGUAUUCUUUUUCACUUGCAAAAUUCCUGUACCAGGACCAAACUUCUCAGUUACUCUACAUUAAUAAACACUUUAAGGCAAGUUUAUUUCUCUCUUGUUUAUACUGUAUUUCCAACACUAAACAUAGGUCUGGUGCUCAAGCCUCAUUUCUGACCAAUUAAUCAGAAUCUUAGGCUCAGUAUUUUUUAAAGCUACCCACAUAAUGUGCAGGCAAAGUUGAGAACCACUGGUAUAGAGGGAAAUAAAUUUCCAACAUACUCCUUGGUAUAGACUAGGGUAAGGAGGGUUUAAGCUACUCAACCUACUACUCUGAAAGCUGCUCUUCAGUUAAUUUCUGAUUCUCAAAUUAUUUAAUUAGUUAAUUACUGCUCUUCUAAUUAGUACUUUGAUUUCCCCCAACUCUCAUCCCAGUAGUUAUCAUUACUGAUUUCUAUCUUUUAGUAGUUAUGUGAACUUUGUUUCCUAAUAUCACCCCAGCUUUUACAGAACUUCAUAGUAUUUGCUAUUUUAGAUGGAAAGAGAGGUAAUCCACUAU